GGCAAGGGUAUCAUCAGAUGAUGGCAGCUGCUGCGGCUUCUCAAUCAGCUAACCAUAAAAUGAAUAAUUGUGGUCCGGAAGAUGGGAAAUCAGGUUCUAAUGCUUCUUCUAAUGCCACAGAAGUACGGAAGACAACAGGGUCAAAUGGGAAAACAGCAACUGCAGGUGUUGGGCAGUCUAUUGCUUUCUCUGGCAAACAAGAUUCGGCUGAUGCAUCUGCUUAUGCGGUAACAGGUGGGGCUAUCAUUGAUAGCUCAGCUCGGGUGCUCAACCUUGGCUCUGCUCAGCCCUGGAGUUCCAGUUCUGCACCGACCUCUCACCAGCAGCAACAUAUGCAGCGGAAUCAACCUCAGCAGCAGCAGUAUAACAAUUAUCUCCAGAUGCAACAACAGUAUGCAGUUGCUGCUGCUAGAGGCAAAGGGCCAGUGAUGAGUAACGGGAGUGGUUUCCUGGAUCAUAGUAUUGCCACCGCGCCUUCAGUGGUAUCCAAUAACCCUAAUGCUACUUCAGGAUUUCCUCAGAAUCUUGUCCAGUCCGGCAGUGGCAGUCCGGCUCAGUCUCCUCAGUGGAACAAUUCAGCCAGAGCAAACACCAUGGCCCAAGCGCAGUCUCCUUCCAUGUUGUCACCAUCUGUGUCAUCGUCACAUAAAAACGUACACCAGAAACAACAAGGUCGACCCCACCAAUCACAUAUAUCUUUUGCAGCAAACUCUAAACCCCUGCCUUCUAAUUCUCCAAUGCAGCAAGGAACGGGUAGUAACCGGGCUCCAUCACCCACUGCGUCUUCUGUCUCCAAAAAUGCCGGAGUAAUCCCAAGAACAACUGCCUCAACCUCAAUCGCAAACAGAACUGGUCAUGGUCAAGCUUCCUCAGCUUCUCUGUCUUCAUCUCAACCAUCCAAGAACUCACAGUCGGCAGGUGGAAGGAACAAUGGGCCGUCUAUUCUCGGAAAUCCACACGUUACUACCACCACCUCAAAUCCUACAUAUAAGUCUCAACAACAACAACACCUGCAACAAGCGCAGCUUUACUUCUCAAGCCCAUAUAUGCAAGCUCAACAUCAUCAGCAGCAGCAACAACAGAUGAAUAUCUCUUCUCUUAGUGGCUAUUACAUCCAAAGACAGCAACAACAACAGCAACAAGCAGGAUCAUCAGCUGCUGCACCAUCUGUUACCCUAUCUAGCUGCACCACUGUCACUUCAGAUCCGGCAAAAGCCAAUAAUGUGAAAGGUGGAGGGAGCAACAACAUCAACUUGCAGCAUACACAGACUGCAGAGAAGACGCAUCAUCAUCCCCAGCAGCCAGUUCCUCCAGGAUUUCCAUACGUUCACGCGGGUCAAGUGAAACCUGGAGAUCAGAAGCAACGAGCGGGUGAGUGAAACCUAAAACCCAUUCGAUGCUGAUUUGGGAGUUUUCCUCACGCUUGUUGAUUCCUCUAAAUCCCGUGGCGCUGAGGAACGGUAGACUUUGGACAGUGUGAGGUCCUAAGAAACUGGUUAAGUGUUAAUGACGGAUCAGAAGAGAAACAAACACCCCCAAACUCACUAAUCAGUGAGAGAGGAGAGAGACCUUUACAGGGAUGGUCUUGGUGUUUUAAGAACUGUAUUCCAACUAAGUUAGUGUUAUUUUCUGACAACAAUCCUCGAGCAAGUAGAGAGAAUAGAUCAUUCAAGGUUAGCUUUAAGAAUUUUAUUCAUUUCUUAUUGGGAGUAGGGUUGUUUUUGAUUGAAUUAAAAGAAAGGGUAGCCCAAAGGAAAAAGGCAGAACUGUUGCUGUUUGGUAAUGGUAGCUUAGACUUUUAAUUUUUCUAUUGAGUAGAAAAGGAAAGGAACCAUUUUUGUGUCAAGAUGAUGGAGAAGUAAAUGCAUGUGUGUAAUCUAUAGUUUUGUUUAGUGCUUUUGUGAAUGUGAAUGUGAUUCUGAUUUUUAAACCUUCA